GGAGUCCCGAGAAGGUGCAAGGCUAGCCUCUGGGCCUGCGGGCCGGGCUCCAGGUGACCUGCGUCCGAGGAGGGAGGCAGGAUGGAUUGUGUAGAUGAAUAUGCCCACACUUCUUUUGACCUACAGUGUUUGCUAAAUUCAUUUCCUGGAGACUUGGAGUGUAAGCAGAUCUUCAGUGACAUCGAUGAACAGCUCGAACAAAAUGCUAGCAGCAUGGAGCAUUGCAUUAAAGAAAUACAGAAGGAAGCCAACAAACAGUGUCCAGAUGUGCAGCUGCAGAGCGCAAUGGACUGCUUUGACUGGCUGACUCACUAUAGUUACCAUAGGUCUACAUCAGCUUCUGUUCCCCAUGGAGAUUUGAUACAGUUCCUCAAAACAGUGCAAGGUUUGUUGAAGAGUGAACAAAAUGAAGAAGAAAUGAUACUGGAUUUUCUUUGGGACCUGUCCCUGCAGAGCAGUAUUUCUUUACCAUCAGCUUUAAGCGAAACACCUCUUCAUUGUCUGUCGAGGGCUUCUCUUCAUUCUGUUGAAGAUCAUUCCUCGAUGGAUGUAAAGUCUCUAUGGGAUGACAUAAGACUGCAUCUUCGACGCUUCUUAGUGAACAGAUUGCAAAGCUAUAAUGAAAUAAAUAGUUCACAGCAAAAAAUUUUAUUGAAAAGUCAGUGCAUACAACAACUUUUGUUUCUCUAUCCAGAAUCAGAAGUUCUCAUCAAGUACCAGAACAUACAGAAUAAACUGUUGGCUACACUUAUGCAGGACAACUUUCCUUCUUACAGCAGAGAUUCAAAUUUAGAUGCAAUCACUCAUGGACACCAAAGUGCAAUGCUGAAGUUAUAUUCAAUGAUAAACGAGGAUUUUAGCACACUGUGGGAAAUUUUAGCUCCAUCUUCAACAGUGAAAUUCAUUAAAGAAACUUACUUGGAUACAGUUACAGAAGAAAUUGGAAAAUUUCUUGAAAACUUUUGUGAGCUACAGUUCAGAGAAAGUGCCGUUCACGUGGUUAAAACAAGCAAGAGCUCCAGCAAGCAUAGAGGAGCAGUGCAUGCCUUGGGUUAGUGACGUUUACAUUUUGUUUGAUUAACUUAAA